UUGGAGCCUAAUAGGCAACUUCUGCCUUCUGGAGCAACCGAAUGACGCUGCGGCUCAUGGGAAUUGUAGUCCAAAGCUCCUGGAAGGCCCCCGUUUGCCAGGAAGGCUAGUCUAAAUUUGCUUAGCUGCCCCGCCGGCCGGCGAAGCCGGCUUCCUCGGAGCGCCGCCGGAAGGGUGCCGGGGCCUGCGCCCAUCGCCCAUCGCCCAUCGCCGCUGCUUCGGGCCUGCGAGUCCUGCUGGGGCGGGAGCGGCCUGGUCCCCGCGAUGAGUAAGAGGAAGGCGCCACAGGAGAACCCCAACGAGGGCAUCACGGACUUCCUGAGCGAACUGGCCAACUAUGAGAGGAAUGUGAACAGGGCCAUCCACAAGUACAAUGCUUACAGGAAGGCAGCCUCUGUGAUAUCGAAAUAUCCAAGCAAGAUCAAAAGUGGAGCUGAAGCAAAGAAGCUGGAUGGAGUCGGAGCUAAAAUUGCAGAAAAGAUUGAUGAGUUUUUAUCUACUGGAAAACUACGAAAGCUGGAAAAGAUUCGACAGGAUGAUACGAGCUCUUCUAUCAAUUUCCUGACCAGAGUCAGCGGCAUAGGGCCUGCGGCUGCCAGGAAGUUUGUGGACGAAGGGAUUAAAACUCUGGAAGAUCUAAAAAAAAAUGAGCACAAACUGAACCAUCAUCAGCGAAUUGGAUUGAAGUACUUUGAAGACUUUGAGAAAAGAAUUCCUCGUAAAGAGAUGUUAGAGAUGCAGGAAAUCGUUUUGAGCGAGGUAAAGAAAGUGGACCCCACAUAUAUUGCUACAGUGUGUGGCAGUUUCCGUCGAGGUGCAGAAUCAAGUGGGGACAUGGAUAUUCUUUUGACCCAUCCAAACUUCACUUCAGAAUACUCCAAACAGCCAAAGCUUUUGCAUCAAGUGGUCGAACAACUGGAAAACAUCCACUUCAUUACAGAUACGCUUUCGAAGGGAGACACCAAGUUCAUGGGAGUGUGUCAGCUCCCAAGCAAAGAUGAGGAAACUGGUUACCCUUACAGGAGGAUUGAUAUCAGGAGGGCGUUCCAGAGGGUGGGCGUGACUACCGAGAAGGCCCUCCGCCAGAUUCCCUGUAACCUCACUUCACCAGUCACCAGUCUGGCUGCCGUGUUCCAGGUUGAUUCCCAGGGAUCAGUAUUACUGUGGAGUUCUGUACUUCACUGGAAGCGACAUAUUCAACAAGAACAUGAGAACCCAUGCUCUGGAAAUGGGCUUCACCCUCAAUGAAUACACAAUUCGGCCCUUGGGUAUCACCGGAGUUGCUGGGGAGCCCCUCCUUGUCAACAGUGAGAAGGACAUCUUUGACUACAUCCAGUGGAAGUAUCGCGAGCCAAAGGAGCGGAGCGAAUAACUGCUCUCCCAAUCCCAGGCACUUUGAAAAGCUAAUUUCUGCAGUUGAGGUGGUGGCAAUCUAGCCUGAGACUGUAAUUUAUUGCUUAAUCCUGUUGAGGAAGUGGGGGUGUGGUUCAUUUUUAAAUGCCUUUGAAACUUUGCAUCAGUGUGUGCUGUAAUUAAAAUGCUAGCUGGUG